AUGGCGAAGAAAGCCAAAUCCCGCACCGUAAUGGUGCGCCUCCUCUCAAUGGCAAUGACGGGAUAUUUCCGAUCCAUGAUGCGGCCGCGACAACAUCGACCUCUCAGUAUGCUCAAGUACGAUCCGAUUGUGCGGAAGAAGGUUCUGUUUCUUGAGCAGAAGAGGGGUGGAAAAUAG